UUGACUUCGUUGGUCUUAUGCUCAAAAGUAGGUUUAUUACACGAUCCAAAGCAACUUCCUUGAGGCACAGAACUCAGAAGUAGUAUUGGGUUGCAUUUUAUAUACAAGAGAGGAGACAAAUAACUUGAUAGCUAAAAGCAUAAAAAAAUCACAUGGCAGCUGAUCAUUUACAAUUUCUUAAGCACAGAUUCAUCACUGACUUCAAAGAAGCAGUGGAUGAAUUCCAUGGUGAGCUUCCCCUCCGUCUUCAUUUCCAGGAGAUCCUACAGGUCUUGGAAGAAAAGAGCAUCGACAAAACCCCUAUUGUGAUGAAGAAUUUGCUGUAUGAUCUCAGGCACUUGUUGGCAAAGUGCGUUCUCUCAGCAGAGAAGGAGCGAAAGCUCAAAGCUCAGGAAAAGAAAAGUUAUGUCAAUGCCCGUCCCUUGAAGAAGUAUUGGUUUCUUCGAAAAACUGGAAAGAAACUAAUUCGAAUCGCAGAAAAGCUGAAAGAAACGAAGGAUGAUGUAAUUCGUGAAGUUUCAUUUCAACCAGACUCUAUCACAGUUCAUCUACUAGAGAAUAUUCGACCUCUGGAUGCAUCCGAGACUCAUGGGUUCGUUACCCAGUUGGAUAAGAUGGAAGCAUUGCUCAAGGAGACACCUGCUAAUGAUGGUAUUAAGGCCAUUGGAAUUGUGGGAAUGUGUGGUGUUGGCAAAACUACUCUUGCUCGAUUGGUUGUCCAUAAUCGCCCAUCCAUGAGAGAGUUUUCUCCGGUAAUUUGGGUUAGGCUAUCUUUAAAAGCAGAUCCACAAGAAAUUGUAACUCAUUUGGUGAAGCAUUUGGGCGCCAAAUAUGAUCAGUUGCAGGAUCUUGAUGCGAAGCUGACUGAAUUAUUGGGAAAGAAGUAUUUGAUUGUACUGGACAAUGUAUGCACAGAGUACAUUAGCCGUUUUACUCAUGGCUUGCCAAAGGGGGUUGGGGGUGCCAUCAUUGUAACCAGUAGAUUUGAAGAUGUAGCCAUAAGCAUGGUGGGUGAGAAAAAUUUGCUCAGACUCGAGCCCACAUUCGAUGCAGAGGCACUUUGGUCAACUUUCAUUGAUUCAAUUCGAAGAAAGAGAUACGUAACUAAAGAUCAUCACCAAGCUUUUUUAAGAAUGAAGGAUGAAAUUAUUUACAGGUGCGAAGGCCUUCCUUUGGCAGCAAAGACACUCGCGGAGGUUAUUUCUACUCAACUUGGCAAGAAAGAGCAAGAGUAUUGGUAUUGGUCAAAUUCAGGUGCACACAAGGACUUUUGCUUAGAGAAAGUUAGUACUCUUCCAGGAGUUCAUGGUGUCUUUCCAGGACCAGGCGAUGAUAGAAUUACAAUUACAGGAAGCUGCAAUGUUAUAGAAAUAGCGAGGGAAUUGGGGAAAUUUUGUCACACGGAGCUUGUUUCGGUAUACUUAGCACAAUAUAAUGAACCCGAGAGGAAGUCUACCAAGGAAAGAAACUCAAAUCAAGAAGAACCCGGAGCAGUAAAACAACGGAAAUGGUGGCGAAGCUUCCCACGGAUUUAGAAGGGAUAUAAAUCUCUGUAACAUUUGAAAAUUUCUAGUAAUUUUUUAUUUCAGUAAGUUUAGGGUUCAAUUGUUCCUGAGAGUAAGAAAUUAUAUAUUCACUUUUAAUUGUAACAUCAGGAUUUAAUCCUACGACAAUUACUUAAUUAACUUUUAUUUCCUUCAUUUUAACAAAAUAUUAUUUUCUUUUCA